GAGGCGUUUCAUAGCCGGCCAGAGAAAUGAGAGGAGAUAUCGGCUCCGGCUGAACCACAGCGCCUUGUCUUCCUGUCCUAAAGCAGUCGAGCAGAUAAGGCAAACAGGGAGGAGCCGCCGCCGCCGCCGCCGCCGCCAUGGGGGACGACAGCGAGUGGAUGAAACUGCCCAUCGACCAGAAAUGCGAACACAAGGUGUGGAAGGCCAGACUGAAUGGAUAUGAAGAAGCACUAAAGCUUUUCCAGCGGAUCAGUGAUGAGAAGAGCCCUGAAUGGGGCAAAUACCUUGGACUUAUCAAAAAAUUUGUCACGGAGUCCAAUGCUGUGGCUCAACUGAAAGGCUUGGAGGCAGCACUCGUAUUUAUUGAGAAUGCACAUGUGGCUGGCAAGACAACAGGAGAAGUGGUGUCGGGUGUAGUGAGUAAAGUCUUUAAUCAGCCCAAAGCCAGAGCGAAGGAACUGGGAACAGACAUCUGCCUCAUGUAUGUAGAGAUCGAGAAAGCCGAGAUCGUCCAGGAUGAGCUCAUCAAAGGAUUGGAUAACAAAAACCCCAAGAUUGUAGUAGCUUGCAUUGAAACCCUGAGGAAAUCACUCAGUGAAUUUGGUUCUAAGAUUAUAACACUGAAGCCGGUAGUCAAAGUGUUGCCAAAGCAGUUUGAGUCUCGAGAGAAGGCAGUGCGAGACGAGGCCAAAUUGCUAUCAGUGGAGAUUUAUAAGUGGAUUCGGGAUGCUCUGCGUACUCCUCUGCAGAACAUCAACUCUGUACAGCUGAAAGAGUUGGAGGAGGAGUGGGUGAAGCUCCCUGCCGGCGUGCCAAAGCAAAGCCGCUUCUUGCGCUCUCAGCAGGACCUGAAGGCCAAGUUUGAGCAGCAACAGGCGAGUGGUGGAGACGAGGCAGAUGGUGAGGAGGAGGAGGAUGGAGGUGCUCCACAGGUGGAUCCAUAUGAGCUGCUGGAAGCUGUUGAAAUCCUUUCAAAACUCCCAAAGGAUUUCUACGAAAACAUUGAAGCAAAAAAAUGGCAGGAAAGGAAGGAAGCUUUGGAGGCAGUGGAAGCCCUUACUAAAAACCCUAAGCUGGAGGCCGGAGACUUUGGGGAUCUGGUCCGAGCUCUCAAGAAGGUCAUUGGCAAAGAUGCCAAUGUGAUGUUGGUGACUUUGGCAGCCAAAUGUCUAGCUGGUCUCGCAGCAGGACUGCGCAAGAAGUUUGGAACAUAUGCAGGGCAUGUGGUGCCAACCAUUCUAGAGAAGUUUAAAGAGAAGAAACCUCAGGUGGUCCAGGCCUUGCAGGAAGCCAUUGAUGCUGUCUUCUUAACUACAACUCUUCAGAACAUCAGUGAGGAUUUGUUGGCAGUGAUGGACAACAAGAACCCAUCAAUCAAACAGCAGGCGUCGCUGUUCCUGGCUCGAAGCUUUCGCCAUUGCACCCCUGCAACUCUGCCAAAAGGUGUGCUAAAGCCGCUCUGUGCUGCUUUUAUCAAGCAAGUGAACGACUCUGCUCUAGAGGUGAGAGAUGCUGCAUUUGAAGCUUUGGGCACAGCCAUGAAGGUGGUGGGAGAGAGAGCAGUUAAUCCCUUUCUGGCAGAUCUGGAUAAGCUCAAGCUUGAUAAGAUAAAAGAGUGUGCCGACAAAGUGGAACUGGUAGGUGGAAAGAAGGGAGAUGGAGGAGGAGGUGGAGGAGGAGCAGCAAAAAAAGAAAAACCUGCAGCUAAACCUCCUCCGGUUGAAGAGCCUCCGCCCAAACCGGCUGGUCCUCCUAAAAAAGCACCAGCACACAAAGCUGCUGGUCCUCCCAAAAAAACUAAACCUGCUUCUGCACCCAGCGGCAAAUCUAAGAAAGGUUCAGAGAGAAAAGAAGUUGUGGAAAGUGAAUUAUCGAUCGAGGGUUGUGAGGAGAAGGCGGCGGCAGUGCUCCCGGCCUCGUGCAUGCAGCUGUUGGACAGCGCUAACUGGAAGGAGAGGCUAGCUAGCAUGGAGGAGUUUCAAAAGGCUGUUGAACAGAUGGACAAGUCUGAGAUGCCGUGUCAGGCGCUGGUGAAAAUGUUGGCUAAGAAACCUGGCUGGAAAGAAACCAAUUUUCAGGUGAUGCAAAUGAAGCUAAACAUCGUUAAGCUAGUCGCAGAGAAAGGCUCUUUCUCAAAGACAUCAGCUCUCGUGGUGCUGGACGGCCUGGUGGACAAAAUCGGGGACGUUAAAUGUGGCAGCAAUGCCAAAGAGGCUCUGACUGCUAUUGGAGAGGCCUGCUUACUACCAUGGACGGCUGAACAGGUGGUGUCUUUGGCGUUUGCUCAAAAGAACCCCAAAAAUCAGGCCGAGACGCUGAACUGGUUGGCAAACGCCAUGAAAGAAUUUGGCUUUGCAGGAAUUAAUGUGAAGGCUUUCAUCAAUAAUGUCAAAACUGCUUUGGGUGCCACAAACCCGGCGGUGAGGACGUCAGCAAUCACUCUGCUGGGUGUGAUGCAUUUGUACAUGGGGGCACCUCUGCGGAUGUUCUUUGAAGAUGAAAAGCCGGCACUGCUUUCUCAGAUAGACACAGAGUUUGAAAAGAUGCAGGGCCAGUCUCCUCCUGCUCCCACUCGUGGCCAAUCAACAAAAGGAGCAGAGGAGGACGGGGAGGAGGCUGAUGAGGAGGAACCUGAUGGAGGAGCUGGUGAUAUUAUGGAUUUGCUGCCCAGAAGUGAUAUCAGUGAUAAAAUUACAUCAGACAUGGUGGAGAAGAUCAGUGAUAAGAACUGGAAGAUCAGGAAGGAGGGCUUAGACGAGGCUGCAGCCGUCAUUUCAGAGGCCAAGUUCAUCCAGCCCAACAUCGGAGAACUUCCCAUGGCACUGAAGGGUCGCCUCACAGACUCCAACAAACUACUGGUCCAGCAGACCUUAACCAUCCUGCAGCAGAUUGCCACAGCGAUGGGUCCUGCUCUCAAACAGCAUGUGAAGAAUUUAGGUUACCCCAUCAUCACUGUGCUGGGAGACAGCAAGGUUAAUGUACGAGCUGCUGCUUUGGCAACACUUAAUGCUUGGGUGGAGCAGACCGGCCUGAAGGAGUGGCUCGAAGGAGACGACCUAUCAGAAGAGCUGAAACGGGAAAAUCCCUUCCUCAGACAGGAGGUGCUGGGCUGUCUGGCUGAGAGGUUGCCCAAAAUGCGCUCAGUGCCCUCUGAUCUGAUGCUGUGUGUUCCCCAAUUGUACGCUUGUCUGGAGGACCGCAACGGAGAUGUAAGAAAGAAGGCGCAGGAGGCACUUCCUUCCUUCAUGAUGCACCUGGGCUUCGAAAAGAUGAGCAAAGCGACUAACAAGCUUAAGACGGCCUCCAAGGACCAGGUGAUGGCCAUGCUGGAAAAGGCCAGGGCAGUGAUGCCCGCUGCACCUGCCAAAGCCGCUCCGUCGAAAGCUGCUGAAAGUGUCCCUGCUGCAAAACCAGCCUCAGCUCCAGCUAAAAGUCAGCCUCCAGUAGAAGAUUACAGUGCACCAGAACCCAAAGCAGACACCAAGAAACCCAAAUCAACAGGACCUGCUGCCAAGAAGGGAGCGUUGGGAAAGAAGGGUCCAGCCAAGCCCUCCGCUAAGGAUGAAGAAGAUAGAUCAGGUCCCAUCUUCAUCUUUGUGCCCAAUGGAAAAGAGCAGAGAAUGAAGGAGGAGAAAGCACUGAAGAUCCUGAAGUGGAACUUCAUCCACCCACGGGACGAGUACGUGGAACAGUUGAAGACCCAGAUGUCCUUGUGCCUGGCGAAGUGGCUGCAGGAUGAACUCUUCCACUACGACUUCCAGCGCCACGUUAAGGCCGUCAAUGCCAUGAUCGAGCACAUGGACCCUGAGUUCGAGGCUGUGAUUGGCUGCUUAGACCUGAUCCUGAAGUGGUUCACGCUGCGCUUCUUCGACACCAACACCAGUGUGCUUAUGAAAGCCAUGGAGUUCCUCAAACUCCUCUUCACCAUGCUGAGUAGGGAUAACUACCACCUGAGUGAAUACGAGGCGUCCUCCUUCAUCCCCUACCUCAUCCUGAAGGUCGGUGAAUCUAAAGAUGUGGUGCGCAAAGAUGUCCGUGCCAUUCUGAGCUUGCUGUGUAACGUUUAUCCCGCCUCCAAAAUGUUUCCCUUUCUCAUGGAGGGAACCAAAUCUAAGAACUCCAAGCAGCGAUCAGAAUGUCUGGAAGAGCUCGGGUGCUUAAUUGAAAAUAAUGGCAUGAACGUGUGCCAACCAACACCUGCCAAGGCUCUAAAAGACAUCGCUGUUCACAUUGGAGACCGGGACACGACCGUACGCAAUGCAUCACUUAAUACAGUGGUGGCCGCUUACAACGUCUGUGGAGAUCAGGUCUUCAAACUCAUUGGCAAUCUCUCUGAGAAGGACAUGAGCAUGUUGGAGGAGAGAAUCAAGCGUUCAGCUAAGAAGGCGCCUCCUGUCUCAACCAAACAGGAGAAAGUGCAGAAGGAGCCGAAUCCUAACGCUACCUUCGUACGCAAACCCGCCCAGGAGGAGGUGCCCAACAAAGUCAAAUUAAUGUAUCGCACAUAUAGGAUUCAAGCACGGUCACAGAACUCCCACUCAGAGCACACAGCACCCUCCAUCCCAAAAGAGUUUCAGCUGGAUCUGGACAUGAUUGAGAACGACCACACACGAGUCAGUGACUUCCCUGACCUGGUACAGCACAAACUGGACGAGCUGCUGGAGCCCGUCCUGAUCCCCGAACCCAAGAUUCGCUCGGUCUCUCCUCACUACGAUGACCUGCACAACAGCACCGCCUCCACCAUUAACUUUGUAAUCUCACAAGUUGCUAGUGGCGACAUUAACACCAGUAUUCAGGCAUUAGCGCAGAUCGAUGAGGUGCUGCGACAGGAGGACAAAGCCGAGGCUAUGUCGGGUCACAUCGAUCAGUUCCUCAUCGCCACCUUCAUGCAGCUCCGACUCAUCUACAACACACACAUGGCUGAUGACCGGCUGGACAAGAGGGACAUCUUUAAACUGUACAGCUGUAUUAUUGGCAACAUGCUCUCGUUGUUCUCUAUGGAGAGUCUGGCACGAGAAGCAUCUAUGGGCGUGCUUAAGGAUCUGAUGCACGGUCUUAUCACGCUGAUGUUGGACUCGCGAGUGGAGGACAUCGAGGACGGCCAGCAGCUCAUCCGCUCCGUUAACCUUCUUGUGGUGCGUGUGCUGGAGAAAUCCGAUCAAACCAACAUCCUCAGUGCUUUGCUGGUGCUGCUGCAGGACAGUCUGAUCACCACAGCAGGAUCACCCAUGUUCUCUGAGCUUGUCAUGAAGUGUCUGUGGAGAAUGAUCCGUUUCCUGCCCGAGACCAUUAACAGUAUUAACCUGGACCGCAUCCUGCUGGACGUCCACAAUUUCAUGAAGGUUUUUCCAAAAGAGAAGCUCAAGCAACUGAAGAGCGACGUGCCCCACCGCACACUGAAAACCCUGCUGCACACACUCUGCAAACUCACUGGUGCAAAGAUACUGGAUCACUUAUCCAUGAUCGAGAACCUGAACGAGUCAGAACUGGAGGCCCAUCUGAGGCGGGUGGUGAAGCAUUCUGGAAACCUUUCAGGCUACAAAUCUGAGCAGAUUAUGGAGAAAGGAGCUUUGCGAUCAGAUGAGAAGGUGAUCAAAGCUAAAGUGAGUGACAUCCUCUCGGAGAUCUUUAAAAAGAUUGGCUCAAAGGAGAACACUAAAGAGGGCCUGACGGAGCUGUACGAGUAUAAGCAGAAGUAUUCGGACGCUGACCUGGAGCCCUUCCUGAAGAACACGUCUCAGUUCUUCCAGAGUUACGUGGAGCGCGGCCUUCGCAUGAUCGAGUCCGAGCAGGAGGGGAAGAAUCGCCUGCAGAGCUCCGCAGUGGUUCCUCAGCACAGUGUGGAUUCUGCAUACAACUCCAGCCACAGCUCCGUGUCGCUCAGCAGUAACGGGGAGGAUCUGAAACCCGCUGUUUACUACGAGAGACUGAAGAUCCUCCGGCAGCGCCACGGCCUCGAGAACUCCAAGCAGCAACAGCAGCAGCAGGACGAGGAGCGGCCACUGUCAUCUCUCCUGUCCCGGCCUCCUCCUGCCUCCUCCACCGACAUGCUGCACAGUAAGCUCUCGCAGCUGAAGGAGACCCGCGAGUCUCAGCUGCAGCAGGAACAGACCCGGUCGCACAGCCCCGGCCGCGCCUCCUCACCCGCCACCAACCUCGACGACCUAAAAAAGAGGCUCGAGCGCAUCAAGAGCAACCGCCAAUAGAGACGAGCUACAACUGUGCACACAGCCCGCUUCUCCUCAUCCCUCCGCAUCUACCGAGCUACAGCUAGCUAGAGUGCUAACCUCCACUAUGACGCUAGUCUUUCUCCCCCUCUGCUUCCGCUCAGCUGGGACAUUUUCAGGUCAGACUCAUGUAUAGAUGAAGAUAUUCAGAGUAGGGCGGUGAAUUCAGACCACUGGUUCGUGCUGUUGUAUGAUAUGAAGUGAGCUGCAGUUUGUUUGGUUAGUGUUGUGCACAAUUGUUUGAGGGGUUCGUGUAUAUACUCAUGGUAAUUAACCACUCCAGGCUUCUCAGUGUCAUGUUUAGGAGUCGCAGUGGACGGUUUCCUCGUACAAAGUGCUGUAAUCCGUGUAACUGGAGAUGUCCAGGUUUCUCUCUCUUCUUUAUUUAAAUGAAUGUUUAGGAAACGUAACCCGUCUCUCUGUGUUCACACUAGCGAGCAACAAAUGAAUGAGCCUCCUUCGUUUUGUAUGUGGCAGCACCACACGGAUCAGCCGUUCAAACAGCAGCAGCAAGCGGUCAAGAUCUUCCAAAAAUUCUGAGCUUAUUAGAGUCCAGUAGAUCCAAUUUACCGAUCAUAUAGAGCUUCAGUCCAGUCCAUGUUUUGCCAGGCAUAAAAGAGAGAACAUUGUACUACUGAUCUGUUCCUACAUCAGUGUAUGUAAGUAUAAUUCAGUACACUUGUAGCCACACACUUCUGGUCCGUGGCCGCCCCCAAGCACCAACAGCAGCGGCUCCCUAUUUGUUCAGUGGAAACGAACUAUGUGGGACUUGUCGUUGCCUGCUAGUGUGAACUUGGACUCGGCUCAUCCGUUGUUUGCCAUUUUUGCUUUUUCCACUGAAGCGCUUGUAAAAUCUGAAGGAUUAAAUUUGUUCUUUAAUAAUUAAGGAGCAUGGCAUGAAGUACUUGAUGUUUUUCUGUAAAUAGUUUGCAUUACUAAGCUCUGUUUAUUAAUCACAUUCGUUUGGUUAAUAAUAUUCCGACGUCUUGCACUUACGAGCAGAAUGUUGGGGAUUCUGAUGCAUCGUUUUGUAUUUCAUUGGAGUAGUGUUGUUGCUAUUGAAUUGAAGUGUAUAAUCUAUAGUGAAAAUGGCAAUAAAGAUUUUUUUUAUAUAAUUUAACAACC